AUGAGGAUCGGUGAAUCGGUCAUGCGGAAGUUUUCGAAAAACUACAUUUCAAGUCGGUGCGCUAGGAGCAGUUUCGACCUCGUUUGUUGGGGUUACGAAACAAUUUUCUUCGCCAAAAUUCGAACGGCGUCGGACGGGAAAGGCUCGGGUCGUAAACUCGCUCUGUCUUCCAGCAGAGGUAACUUCGUGCCCGUGUGGCUGUGGGGGGAUAGCUGGAGUGGAUCGGGUCGUGAGCGCCAGUCACCCGCCGAGGCUGCUCUUCAGCGUGUGCCCGAGCCGCGCCUGAUCGAGCAGUCCGUGACGCUGUCUUCGGACUCCUGUGCUCUGGUUGACGGGUUCUGGAUUAUCGUUUUUCCUCUAAAGGCGACGGUUUUCACAUCGACUGCUUACAUAGCACCGGGAUCGUGCUUAUACAGUUUGUGCCUGACCCUCGUGUUUCUAUUCUGGGAGAGCUGGAUUCCAUCGACGUCUGUGAUGCUGAAACGGAUCAACAUAGCAGGCGUUUCGGUUUGUGACCAAGGAUCCGGCGCGUGGAGGAAGCAUGUGUGCGCUAACCUUUUCUCCGUCGGUACCCGUACUUGCUCUGCGGUUUUGCGCCUUUUGGUCCGAUGUGAUGAGGAAUCUCUGGAAUUCCUGCGCGAUUUCAAAAGAACGAGUCCCGCUUCGUGCCGUUGCGUGUCUUGCUGUGUAUUUGGACUGAUUCUCCCAGACAUUGCUACGAGAACCGUGGGAUCCCGAGGCACGAGUGGGGACCCGAUUUUGUACGCGAGGUCAAAAUUUUCCGGUGGCAGUGAUUCUCUCCGAGGCGAGAGCAGGGCGAGUUACCCUGCUGAUGUCAAACGAAUUUAUAAUGUUUUCCGGUCGUCGAGGCCUUCUGGACCGCAUCGUGAAGGACCUUUAGCUUGUGCGUCGUACACCCGUUCAGCACAAAAUGGAGCAUCGCACGAGGUUGUUUCGUCGAGAAAAAAAUUGAAUCUGGUCUUCCGCGAGAGUGAAAGUUUGAAAAGAGCAGUAACUACUGUGAGCAACGGAAAGUGGCCGGAAACAGACGGGUCUCCGCGUGGUCGGGCAGGUAGUAGCGUGCAAUUCACGGAAAUACGAUCUGCGAAGCGUGUAGAACGUACAGAGGAAGGAAUUGCCACUGAUAGCGUGCAGAUUGUCACGGUUAAGGAUCCUCGCUCUGGAAACUUGGUCAGUCUUUUUUAUCUAUUUUCUGCCGGUUGUCAGGAUAUCGAUCCCAGCUCGGGAGAUAUUUUUGCCCCGUCUUUGAGUUCCGCUGAAGGCCCUCACCGGUUGUCCCUCGUGGACAAGAUUUCCGAGCCAAUCCCAGCGCAACGCGAAGGAACUUCAUUGACGCGCGGUACUAUAUCAUCAGUCGGAUUCAUUGAGUUCAACACUUCACCCAGAAAUAUUCUUCUUGGAGAGAGCAGCAAACAGACAUUUGACGAUGCGAUCUUGCUGAACAGAGACAACCCGGUACCCAUCCGGGCGCCAGUAGAGAUGGGGUUUGGCAGGCCUGGUCUUUUUGAACCUCUUACUAUUCAGGAAGCUGUUGCGCAAGGCCUACUCAAUAAAAGAUCUGGGUUAUUUCGACGAGGAGCCAAAAAGUUGACGCUCGAACAGGCAUUCGCUCAAGGCCUUCUGAUAGUAAAGAAGCAACAGUCGAAGCCAGUCACAGGACUCUGCCUUUAUGAUGCAGUAUUGGAAGGACUGGUUGAUGAAAGCAGUGGACAGAUUAGAGAUCCUUGUUCUGGGGAAGAGCAGGGUAUUGAAGAAGCCGCAGAAGCUGGCAUUUUGAACGCGGAUGUGAGUGAAGUGUAUCACACGGCAGGUGGAAUUCAUGUAUCUCUGCGAGAAGCAUUAAGAGAUGGUGUCAUUGUCGCUGCCCGAGGACGUUGCAGGUUUCGGGAUACCCUAACGGGGAAACUUUGUACUUUGAGAGAAGCUGUUGAGAGAAAGCUCAUUGCACGACCAUUGACGCUGAAGCAGUGCUGUGACUUGGGGCUGGUGGAUGACAAAGGAGAAUUCCUUCAUCCUCUGCGAACGGAAACUAUCCCUCUUCUGGAAGCAGUGGCGAUUGAAUAUCUGGAAUUGGACUUGAAUUCUGUUGUGGACACGAGCAGCGGCACAUGUAUCAAUUUGAUAGAAGCGUUAGCUGCAGGUGUUCUAAAACCCGACAGCAAAUUCAUUGAUAUUGCCAAUGGAAGUUCGUUGAGUUUACCGGAAGCUGCUGACAAAGGUUGGCUGAAGUCUGUUUGUCGAAAAUUAAUUUUUGAUAUCGAUGGUUUCAAAGACACGUCAAGUGGAGACUACGUGAGUUUUAACGUAGCAUUGCAACGCGGACUUCUUUUGCCCUCCUCAAAAGAAUUGGUGGAUGUACGAUCCGAAUCGAGACUCUCAUUGCAGGAAGCUGUCAAACAAAAAUUGGUUCAGUCGCAGCUCUUGGAGGUGUUGGAGAAGAGAGUAGGCAUUAUGGACUCUGAUGCGAGGGAACUAUCUGUUCUGGAAGCCGUUUUUGAAAAAAGGAUUGACCCGCAAAGUGGCCAGAUCAUUGACCCGAACUCGAACAGUUGCAUUCCUCUGCAGCAAGCAGUGAAGAUGAAAUUUAUUACUCAAGAUGGAGCUGAGCUCUUAGAAUCAUUGCGUAGCAUUGUCGUCACUUCAUCGACGGUUUCAAAAAUUAUGAGAAAGCCGAGCUUAAGAAAGUCGUUGCAAAUCAACGGAUCUCAAAAGUCAAUGACCUACAGAACCGCGCUCAGUCAAGCUUUGAUCGACGAAGCAAAUGGAACCUUGAUUCAUGAGAAAUUAGGCGUCAUUCCUCUGGAAACUGCCGUGAAAGAGGAUUUCAUUCAUUUAGAACAGUGGCCUGUUGACCUUCUUUCCGGCAACUUCAGCAAUUCAACGGAUCACUUCAUGAAAACCAUGGAAAUUUCACACGCUGAAGAUUCGUUUUCGCAAUCAUCCGUUUCCCCACUGCCUGUUGAUCUGCAAGUGUGUCCGUCAGAUCAGGUGUUUUUGAUUCCGGAUGAAGGAUUUUCACUAGAGGAAGCGAUUUCGAAGAAGCUGCUGGAUCCGAUUCUUGGGAUCCUUCAUAUUGCGAAUGCUAUCGUUACGUUUCAGAACUGUUUACGACAUGGAUUGAUUGAUCCUCAAUCAGCAACAGUGGUGGACCCGGCCUCUGGGCGAUCCAUGACUUUGCUGAAAAGUCUUGAAAAGCAGAAGCUCUCGGCAAAUGGGUGCUAUAUCGUUAAAGGUGGUCAACAAGUGACCCUUAGAGAAGCGAUUAAGAAAGAGUACAUCACUUUCAGUACCAGUAAUGCGGAAGAGGUCAACGCGGCUCCUAGUAGAAAGCUAGAAGUUCAACAGAAUGGCGCGUCAUGCAACAUCGCGAUUUCAAGCAGAGAAGAUUCCUCAAUCAUGGUUCCUCUGAAAAUAGAUCCGUCGGUUGAUGGUGCAACUGUCAUCCUUGGAGAUGGGAUAGAAUUUUAUCCUCGUGAAGCUGUAAUCCAGUUCGUGAACAAGAAUGAAAGUGUGGAUUUGUUCACUGCCGUAUGUGCAGGAAGAAUUGAGCCCAGGAAAGUCAGAGUUAAAGAUCCACACUCCGGGCGAGAUAUGCCGAUCAACGAGGCAGUCAGAAAGGGUAUUGUCAACAGAAAGACAGGAAUUUAUCAGGAUAGUUCUCGGAACAAAAUUCAAUUCAAGGAUUCUGUAUUGCUGGGAAUAAUCACAGUCAAAGGCAUUGAUCCCAAUGAGAUUCAAGUGUCUAAUCCAGUGUCAGAGGAUUUUCCAGAAGCAACCAAAGAAUCUAUUCCAACUGAACUUGAAAUAGUCGUUCUGGAACCGUUCAAUGACAGAGAGGUCCUUCUUGAAGAUAGUGUUGCAGAAGGUACGAUCAAGCUUGUUGAGGCUGAUUUCCUCAAGAAUUACGUGAGUGAUUUGUGGGCCAAGAAAGAUAAAAACCAGGCAGUGUUGCGGAAACUUUCGGACUUGAUAGCACACCCGUCUGAGUGCAAUCCAAGGAUGUCGAAGAGCGAUUUAGAAUCCGCCAAAUUGAAUGUGAAACCAACUUUCAAAAUUGUCCCAAAAUGCGUGGAGCACUUGUGUGCCCCCAGGAAACGUCUGAAAACCAACAAAUCGUGGAAAAAAGUCCCUUGGAUGAGUUGCACCUCUCGAGAGGCGCUAAAGCUCGGACUGAUCGAUACAGCGGUGGAGGACGUCUUGUCGCAAGUUCAUAUGCUUAGAGGGCCGGGUGGUGAAAGAUUGAACCUCGGAGAAGCAGUUAAAUUGGGAAUUUUGAAUGCAUCUGGCGGAAUAAUACAGGAUCCUCUGAAUCGAGGAAGUAUUUGCCUCUCUGACGCCAUAGAACAUGGUUUCGUUAAUCCGUCAUCCGGGGAACUCAGUUUCCCAGUCGGUCAUAGUCUCUCCAUACCCGAGGCGGCAAGCCGAGGCUUGUUCGAUUAUGAAAAUCAGAAAAUUGUGCAUCCGUUUUCUGGAGAGUUGCUGACAAUCGCAGAAGCGAUUCAAUGCCAAAUUUUGAACCCAAAGUCUUCCGUACUGGAUCCAAUGCAAGGCAUGCACGUUACCUUAAUUGAAGCUGUGAUGUCGGGGGUCAUUGCUGAUGCAACCGGACAGAUAGUAACCCAGUAUGGAAUUGUGCCAUUGUCGAAUGUUUUGAAGUUUUUGCAUCACUCCAAGAUUUUCACGAGUGUAUUACCGCAGUUCGCAUCAGUUCUUCCUCCGUUAGGAAUGAGUCUACCUGUUGCAAUUCACAGGAAAUUUGUGGAUGUUGAGAACAAGCUUUUCAAGGAUCCCGUCUCCAAUAAGUGGUUCGAGCUUCGAAGUGACAGCGAUUUACCUUGGAUUUUAGACUACCCUGCUUGUUCUCCAGAAUGCAUCUCGCUCUGGAGUUCAAUUGAACAACAGCUGAUCAAGCCUGGCAGCAUCACAAUCCAGGGAAGAGAAGCUCCUUUUCAGGUUGCCGCUGAGAAAGGCAUUCUCAAGAUGCGCCUGCCAAAAGUUGAAGAGCCACUAAGCAAGGAGCAAGAUAUUGUCUGCUCUCCGUUGGAAAUCCUUCCUAUUUUAAAACCGGAAACCGAGAAUGUUUCUAUGAAUGUGAAGCCAAUUACGUUUCCGGAGGCAUACAGAAAGAGCUUAUUGAACCUUGAAUGUGGGGAGUUUUCAUCGACCGAUGAUGGUAAAACUAUAUCUAUCAAGGAUGCAAUUACUAGAAAACUCUUGCGAGCUGAUGAUGGCGCAACAGAAAAGGCACUUCCGACAGCCAAGAUGACUCUUUCUCAGGCAAUCAUUUCCAUGGAGAAAACUGGUUUCUUGAUGAAUGUACAUACAAAUCAGUGCAGCCUGAGCUUGGAAGAAGCCCUUGACCAACAUGUUGUUGAUCCAGAGGGAACAAUUUAUUUGGUUGAUGAUCGAAAAGUCACUUCUGUGAAAAAAGCCAUUGAGGAUGGGAUCUUCGACCCAGUUGCAUCCAAGUUCCCUUUCCUGAAAAAGAAUCUCAAGGAAGCCAUAGUGGAAGGUCAUGUUGCAAUUCUGGGGACUAAUCUUCAGUUAGGAAUACGCCCCAUGAAUGAGAGCGUCGCCUCGGGAGAAAAACUCCGAAGCAUGCCGACUCAUGUUACCAUCAAAAGCUAUGUGAAACGAGAAAGAAUGGAUCCUGUUCUGAGGGUGACGGUCGAAGAAGGUCUGAACUCCGGAGUUUUGACGAUGGAUUCUCCGGUCACAUUUCCUGAAACAAACGAACUCCUCGCGUUGGGUUCAGCCAUUGAAUCGGGGUUCAUUAGAUCCAGUGCUUAUCUGGUUAUUUCGAAUGGCGAAGCUUUGCUCGACUGUGAGGCAACCGAAAUUUCGUACCAGUUGGACGAAGAAUACUGUGUUGAGCAUGGCAUUUAUGACAGAAAUCGGGGCGUCUUCAUCAGUCCUGAUGAUGGAGCCGCAGUGUCUUUUUGUGAUGCCGUUGAGAUCGGUCUUAUUAAUGGUUCGAGAAUUGUGAUCAAAUGCAAAAUAACCGAUCACCAGCCUAUGCCACUGGAAACAGCAAUUCAGAAGAAAAUUAUCGAUGCAAAAACUGGUGAAAUAAUCGAUGCAUCCAAUGGCGAGGUUAUGAAGUUUUAUGAGGCGGUCGAGAAAGGAUGGAUUGCUGUUGGGGAAUGGGAAACGAUAGUAUCAACUCCAUGGAAAACUUUCAUCCAAAUUAUACAAGAAGGCGGCUACAAUCGUGAAACUGGAUUUAUUAUGAAUGUCGAGAAGAACAGCGAACAAACGCUUGCGGAAGCCAUACUUGACGGAACUGUGAAGCCAACAUCUGUUGUUGUUCAAGAUUGGGAAUCCCAGCAUCUGAUACCUUUGGAGGAUGCCUUGAACAAGAAAUUACUCAGUUUGACCGAUGAUAGAUAUUACAAGGGAAAUGAAGGAAUCGACUUGUGUCAGGCAGUCAAGUUGGGACUCGUCACAGCCAACAGGCACCCUAUUUCACUCCCAGCUGCCUUCAAGCUUGGCCUUCUGAAAAAAUCUGCGUGGUUAGUGUUCGAUGAUGUCACAGGUGAUUUUGUCUCACUCCUUGACGGAAUACAGCGGGGAAUUUUGGACGCAGAAAUGUCCCAGUGUUGGAACAGCGAACAGGAGAAAUUCAUUCCUCUAGAAGAAGCCAUUGCAGAAAAUAUCAUACGCACUGAGGAUGCUUUAUACCUUGACACUAGAAAUGGUCGAUGUAUUUCGAUGACGGAAGCGUUGGAUCAAAAUUUCAUCACAUCUUGUCAACUCUCGAUUAGUCUUGGAAAUGCUUUGUCGAAAAGUCUCUACAACCCAUCCACUGGCCAAGUAUUGGACCCUUGUUCGGGGCGCCACUUCUCAAUGAAAGAUGCUGUUGCAAACAAAGUGAUCGAUGUUUCGUUUGCGAGGAUUUGUGGGCCAGAGCCGAGGAAUCUUACUGUAUUCCAGGAUGUACUCAGUUCAAAUAUGUGGGAUGAUGAGCAUGGUGUUCUUAAGCUUCCACAGCCAAUGUCUCUUGUUGAAGCUGCCGACCAAGGUAUCCUUGUUUGUGAUCCAUUUGAAUCUCCGUUGCAAGAUUUCCUAAGAAAUGAUUUUUAUCAUUGGGAUGGGGUACGGGGUUGGCUGAUCAAUCCUCAAUCGCUGGAGAAAAUUUCAUUGGAAUCGGCCCUGCAAGAACACAUGAUUGAUGGAAGCUUCAUGUGCAUGAAAGACUUGGAGUCAAACCAAUUGAUACCUCUUAGUGAAGCUAUAAAAGAAGGCAUGAUUGAUGCAAGUUUAGCCUGUGUUCAUGUCACGGGUGGUGAAGAUGUGUCAUUCAAAGAAGCAUUCCAUAAAGGAAUUAUUGUUCCAUUGGCAAGCAGCAUCAACUUACUUGAGGCACUUGAGAAGGACUUGAUUUCUGAGAGAACUGGUGAAUUUUUGCACCCUGUCCUUGUGGAAAAAAUGUCGCUGAAAGAUGCCCUGGACUGUGGUGCAUUGAAUUGUAAGAAUAUUUUAGUCAAGCAUCCAGAUGGCAGUGGCAUUCUUUCCUUUGUGGAAGCCAUUGAAGCGGGGGUGAUCAAUAUGGACCAGUCAUCUUUCGAGGGAUCCUCAUGUGCCAUGAGUCUGAAAGAAAGUUUGAAGCAAGGAUUUAUGCUGCAAGUACCGGGCAAGAUUUCACUGAUUGAUGCCAUCAAGAUGUCGGUGUUUGAUCGACGUUCUGGAAAAUUUCUGGACACGCGUUCUUCUGUUGGAAAGUGGAUUACUCUCAAAACUGCCUUGGAAUCCCGACUGAUUGACGCGGACUCCGCUGUUGUUCAGCGCAGUGGGGAUAUUGGUUGUUCGUUGGUAUCUCUGACUGAAGCAAUGGAGAAAGGUCUUCUGGAUGGAGACUCGGCAAGGAUUUUGGACCAAAAAAAUGGUUCUUCGUUGGAUUUGAUUCAGGCGUUUGAACUUCAUCUGCUUCAAGAUAAGCCUCCCCCUGUCAGCUUGCAAUACAUGCUUUCUAAUGGACUGUACAAAUUUGAUCCGCUAGUGCAAGUUGGAAAGAUAAUUGAUCCUGGCGUUGGCCAGCUGUUGACCAUACACACAGCUCUUAGAAAGGGGCUUUUACAUCCCAAUGUCCCCUGCUUUCUCACAAGCAGUGGUCAUGUUUUGUCUUUGAUUGAAUGCUGUCGCCAAGGCAUUAUUGACAGACAACAGGGAACUUUUCAAUAUGAAAAUGAGACGUUCCCCUUGGAUGUUGCAAUGAAAAAGAAACUUUUGGUUGACUUCAACUUGCCUAUGACCCUGUAUGAAGUGGUGAGAAAGGGAUUAUACAGCUCCAAGAAUUGGAAGGUCAUGGAUCCAAAAACUGGGACAUACAUCACCGUCAUUGAAGCAUUCAAAAACGGCAUCCUGUGUAUGGAUUCAUUGAGAGUGCGUCACGAUGCUACCGGCAAGCUGAUGAAUAUUUGGGAAGCAGCUCAAGAAGGAAAACUACUCCUUGAAUACGGGGUUUAUAUCACUGUGAAUCAGAAGAAACUAACUCUUGACGCUGCUAUUCGGAAGGGUCUCAUCUUGGAUACUGAACUACCUUUGACUGUCGAAUAUGCUGUCCGAAUGGGAUUAUUUGAAGAGUCGACUGGUUUAUUUGAAGACCCUAAUCGGGGUACGAAGUGUUGCUUGAAAGAAGCCUUGCAGAAAAGCUUGAUCAGUUCCUUGUGCACGGUGUAUGUAUCCCCCGAUGGGAAAGAGUUUAAGAGCUUGGGAGCUGCAGUGAGAGACGGAACCAUUGAUGCAAAUUCUGCGCAAGUUUUUAGUCCGUCGGAUGCGUGUAAAGUAUCAUUGAAGACUGCCUUCGACAAGAAAUUGUUGCGAAGUGUGCGGUUGCCUCUGGGAUUCCGAGAAGCAUUGGAUGACGAUUUCAUCAAUUUGACAGAUUUAACAUUUGUUGAUAUGCGGAAAAGGCCGGCGUUUCACUGUUCCUUGGAUUACGCAUUGAAGAAUGACCUGAUUCACCCAGACACGGCUAAAUUCUUCAAUACUUCCGAUGAAGACUCAGCCUCUUUGAGGGAUGUCCUCUUGUCUGGCGCAUUUUCACUCGAAGACAGGUCAUAUCUCGAUGAUAUUUCCGGAACAAAGAAAAACCUAUGCAUUCUUGUCAACGGAGGUGUCGUGAUUUUCUUGCAAGAGCGAUUGACUCUUGAUUUUGCUAUUCAGAAAGGAUAUCUGAAUGUAACGACAGGAAUGCUCAGUGUGCCUCCAUCAAAGAAGAAAAUCCGACUAAAACAGUCAUUCGGAGAAGGUUUGCUGGACCGUCAUUCAGCUGUUGUGAAGCACACUGCGAUGAAAAAGCUUCUAAAUCUGAAAGAAUCAGUGGACCACAAUCUCAUUAACGAUUCUACAAAUCUAAUCCUGGAUAGUAAGACUCAUCAAUUGCUGAACGUGGAAACUGCAAUAAAAAACAGGAUCCUCAUUCCAUCUGCCAGCGCUAUAACUCUGUGUGAAGCGCUGGAAUUCAAUGCGUGGGAUCCGAAUACUUGUGUUGUCAAGGACGUGUUCGGCAGUGAGGCAAAAACAUUGUCUCAAGCUCUAAGCGAUGGUAUUGUGAGCAGCACCGCAGAUUAUAUCAAGAUUCCUAUAACUGGAAGUUUUCUUACAACUGUGGAAGCAUUAAAAUGCGGCCUGUUGGAUGGUGAAACUGGAAUGUUCAACGCGAAAGGCGAUAAUCCUUUAAGUCUUCAGGAUGCCUACCGCAGUGGUUUUCUUGUUGCUGCCAAAGACAGGCUUGCUAUGGAAGAGAGAUGUAAACUCUGCAGAGAUUCCAUUGAGAAGUUACUGGACUGGAUCGGGGAUGUGGAAAACAAGCUUGCUUCUCAAGAUCCUGUCAAAGAAGACUCGAAUAAACUGCGGAACCAGAUCAACAAUCUCAAGCAAAUCGUUGAUGACAUCGAAGCUCAUGGUCGUAGUGUGUAUUCGACGCUGGACCAAAUCGAUUUGAUCUCGGUUGAGGGCACAGAGUUUCUCUCGUCAGAGGAAAUUUCCAAUCUUAAACAUUACGGGGAAGAGCUGAAACGUAGGUUCAGUGCUGCGAACACUCAAGCGGAUCUUUCCUUGCGAAAAUUGCAAACUGGCUUGGAAGAUUUGAUUAAAUAUCAUUCUGAAAGAGAAGUUUUCAUCAACUGGCUCUCUGGAGCUCAGAAGACUUUGGAUGACAAAGAGAAGUCGCUCACCGAUUUGAACAAGGCUCGGCAUCAGGUGGAAACAGUGAAAGAAUUCCUUGGAGAUGUUAUGGCUCACCAAGCUGAUCUAAGGUUCAUAACAAUGAGUGCCCAGAAGUUCCUUGAUGAAUCUAAGGAACAUUUGAAGCUUCUGAAUGCCUUCCGCUCAAGCCUGCCCCAACGAUUUGGGCACAUCGAGUCUCACGAAUCAAAGAUUCGGCAAGAAGUUCAAGAAGUUUCUGCGCUCUUCCAAGACGUUCUGACUCGAGCGAAAAAGUUAUCGGACAGAUUCUCGUCAGUGAGCGACCGUCAAAGACAGUAUGUGGAAGCGAUGGAGAACGCAAGAGUUUGGUUGCGGGACAUGGAACCGAGAGCAAGUAAAGUUUGCAGUGAACCCGUUGCAGCAGAGCUGAAAUCAAUUCAAGAGCAGUUGGAUCGUGCCAAAGAAUUACGCAAUGAAAUACUUUCUCAAGCCAGACUGUUUGAUCAGUCCCGGCAGGCAACCAAAAAUUUGGUUGAUGCCCUGGAAGGUAAUGCAUCAGCAGCUGAAUUAUCUCGUCUAAGUAGCGCGCAGCAAGACCUUGAUGGCCGCUAUAAAGUGAUGGACGAUGCUGUGAAAAAUUUGUUCCAAGCCAUCGAAAGUGCAUUGGUCCAAUGCCAGGAUAUUCAAGAUGCUAUUGAUUCUCAGGUUUCAUGGUUGAACCAGCUGGACAAUAAUCUGAGGGCCACGUUCAAGCCAGUGAGUUUAAACCGUGAACGCUUGAAUGAGCAACUUCAAGAGCACAACAUGCUGCAAGCAGACGUUGAAGCCCAUAGACCCAGCAUACAGUCGUUGACACAAUCCGCUCUCCAAAUGAUUCAGACGUCAUAUAAUCCUCGCCUAGCGAAGAAACUGGAAAGCAAAUUCAGGGAGAUGACAACAAGGUUUGAGAAAACCGUUGAGAAAGUCAACACUCGCACCAUUCUGUUGGAUGAGGUUUCGCGCAAUCUUGAUGCAUAUUUGAGUGGCGCGAACACCUUCGAAGAAUGGUUUGCCGAAAUCGAAGAAAUACUGGACUCACCGGACAGUAACCAGCUGGACGUUGAAGCGCUGAAUGCGCGAAUGAUGGACGUUGCUCGCAGUAGAGACCAAAAAGUUCACGAUUUCGACGUAACGUUGAAAGUUGGACGUGUUUUGGUGAACAAGAAGGACAUUACUGACGCUACCCCGAUCAAGGAACAGAUGAAGAGCCUUGAAGCUCGCUGGAAGCAACUUGCCGCAGUUCUAGAGGAAAGAUUGAAGCUGAAUAAAUCUCGGGCUGAGCAACGCCAUGCGUAUGACAAAUUACGUGAGCAGGUUCUUCAAUGGCUGUCGCAGAUGGAGAAAUCUGUGGACUCUCUUCAACCUGUAGCGCUCGAGCAAGAUUUGUUGAAAAAACAGCUUGAUGCAUUGAAGCCUCUAGUCAAAGAACACACUGACUAUGCAUCAACCAUUGAUCGAGUGAAUGAGCUGGGUUCGAUUUAUGAAGCUACUGUUCGGGGAGAAACGCUGGAUGCAGCUGGGCGUCGCAGGAGUUCAGUCAGCCCCACGAAGCGAGCCUCGUUGGUUUCUCUUGGAUCCAGUCCGAGCCGGAAGGGUUCCUUAGACGUGAGGAAUCAAUCCACGGGCAAAAUGAGCAUUUUCGGAACAAAUCGACGAAUCUCUACGGAUAUCAAUCUGCAACUCGAUGAGACUGGAUUAAUUCAAGAGCAGCUGGGUGAGAUAAAUAAUCGCUACAGUCUCAUUGGAAUGAAACUUCAAGAUCGCCAGACGAGUCUUGAGGGUAUGAAAGAUGAAGUCAAGCGACAGCUUGAUGCAUUGAAAAAUUUCUUGGCUAAUAUGGAUCGCUUGGAGCGCAAGGUGCCUAGAGAAUCAUUUCCUCAAAACCGAGAGGAAACAGACAAACUGCUUCGACUUGUUCGGCGUCUCAAGUUGCCAGUCUUGUACCGGAUGAUCACACCGGAAAUUCUAACGUUAAUUCUUCAGAGUAUCCAAGAGGAUUUGUACGACCAGCAGCCCAGUUUGGACAGUCUGAAAAACAAGACAGCUGAUUUAGUGAAAAAGCAUGGGACAGUUCCGGGUUCUGUUGAGCUGCAGGAUCGUGUGAAAGAAGCGAAUCAGCGAUGGAACGAAUUGCAGUUGACUUGCAAGAAUCGUUGUGAAUUCCUCGACGGACUCAAGGAGUUCCAUGAUUCUUGCGAGAAUUUCGCUGGGUGGCUUUCUGCCAAAGACAAAAUGAUGAGUGUCCUUGGACCCAUUGCUGCGGAUCCGCGGGUCGUCAACACCCAGUUACAACAAGUCCAAGUUCUCCGAGACGAAUUCAACGCGCAGUAUACCCAGCUGGAGCAGCUGAACCAUCUCGGGUCCAGCAUUCUGCAGAAACUUGAUCCGAAUUCUUCUGAUGCCCGAAAAGUCACUGAGAAGCUGAAUCAUUUGAAUCAAAAGUGGGAUGCUUUGUUGGAGCGCCUGGACGAACGCCAUGCUGCCCUUGGUGCAGCCGCUGGUGCUGCCAAAGAUUUCAACGCAUUGCUCAGUCGCAUUCAGUCAUCCUUGGAAAAAGUUUCGGAUGACUUCGAAGAUCUCGGUCCGAUCGGUGGAGAUUUCGAGGGCCAACUGAACAAAAUCGAGAAAUUGGCGAAUGAUCUGGAUCAACAGCGUCCACCAUUGGCUGAAGCGGCCAGCUUAGGUGAACACCUUUCCAAGGUUCUUGCCGAUGCAGCAUCACGAAAUGACAUCAAGAAUAUGCUUGGCCAAGCUGAGCGCAUGCACAUGCAGCUGCAAAGGAAGCUUGAUAACAGACGAGCAGAAUUGGAACUCAGUCUGAGGGAUGAACGAGAAUUCAGUGGAACUUGCGAGGCGCUUCUUGGAUGGCUAAAUGACAUGCUUGAUCAUGUCAAGGAUAAGCUCCUCGUAUCCGCUGACGAGAAUUUGCUUCGCGAGCAGGUGGAAGCUUUCGAACCUCUCUACAAGGAAAUCAUGAGCCGGGAACAUGAGGUGAUCAUGUUGACCAACAAAGGCCAGGAAAUUGCAUCUAAGGGUUCUGUGAGAGACUCUAGAGGCCUGCAAAAAAGUCUUGACAUGGUUCAACGUCAAUGGGAUAAGCUCAAGCGUGAAGCUGUCUCCCGUCACACGAGGCUUCAAGGUUGUAUGGAGCAUUGUCGUCGCUUCGUGACUAGCCAAAGCAUCUUCCUCCCGUGGAUGGCGAAGAUGGAAGACAAACUCGAUCGGAUCGGUCCGAUCAGUUUCAAAAAACAUGAAGUGGAGCGACAGCUGAAAGAGAUGCAAAGCUUCAAAAACGAACUUUCACGUCAUGCUCAGGAGUAUGAAACGAACAAAUCGCACGGCGAAGCUCUUCUUGCGGCUUGCGAUCUUGACGAAGAAGGUGUGAAGGAUAUCCUGAAAGCUUUGCUAGAACAGUGGGAUAGCUUGAACAACCGUAUCAUGGACAGGCUGCAGACUUUGGAGGAAAUCGCUCAGCAUUUGAACAUCUAUAACGAUCGAGUGAAGGACUUGGGACAUCGAAUGCAGCGCAUUGAAGACAAGCUCGCAUCGCACGAUUCUCUUGGUGAUGCCUCGAAAGAUCCCAAGUUGCUGGACCGAAUGAAAACUCUCAUAAACGAAGCUCGUCAGCUGGAGAACCCACUGAAUGAUGUUGAAAAUCUUGGCGAUAAACUCUGUCAUGCCGCCGAAAUGCAAGGGUCCGAUUCACAGCACAUCAAAGAAGACAUCGAUGGCCUGAGGCACAGACUAAUCAAUUUGUGCAACGGGCUGGAAGACCGUUGUCAAGAUCUCGAACGUGCAUCUGCUGCUGUAAGCAACGUCAAAGACAGAGUGAAAUCCAUCACAAUGGAUCUUGGCAACCUUGAAGAAGAGCUGAAUGCCAUGAAACCAGUUGCGCGUGACCUCAAUACCCUGAAAAAGCAGCGGAAUGAAAUCGAAUCAUUUCAGCGCAAGCUGGACCAAAAGGCAGAUAUUCUUGAGAGCACCAAUCAGUUGUGCUCCGAUUUGGACCGGGAUGGAUACACCAUUGAUGCGAAAGUUGCGAGAGAACAACUUGAUGGAAUCCAAAAACAAUUGUCCCGGGUUCAGGAUCGUGCAAAUGUCCGCGCGGAAGAUGUCCUAUCUGCUCAUUCACGGCUCGAAGCUUUCUACGACCUCCAUGGCGGGGUAAUGGAAGAUCUUGGGGAUCUCGCGCGUGAAGUAUCUGACUUCAAACCAAUUGGUGGAGACGUGGAAACCAUUCGGGCCCAACAAAAAGAUUUCGCUAAAUUCACGAAAGCUAAGAUGGAGCCUUUGGCACAGCAAGUUGAUAAAUGCAAUCGUCAGGGCCAAGGGCUGAUUCAAUCGGCUUUACCUGGCGUCAACACCCAGUCGAUGGAAGCUGAUUUGGGGCAGAAGUACUUCAACAAGAUGCUCAUGGAUCAGCAGCAUUCGCUCGACUCCGUUGCUGCUCAGGGUCAAGAAGUUGCUGCCAACGCAGAACCUUCGGAAAGGAAACAAAUCGAAGAUCAGGUUCAAGAUCUGAUGCUGCGAUUUGAUGCCCUGCAAAAUGCUGCUAAAACUCGCACCGAAAUCCUAGAAACAACCAUGGAAGUAGCGAAGGAAUUCCAGAACAAACUUCUGCCAUUGAACGAGUUUAUGGAGAAAGCUGAAAAGAAGAUCAAUGGGAUGAAAAUUGUCCCAACUGAUGAGGAUAAAAUUCAGCGACUCAUCGAGCAGCACGAAAUGCUUCACGACGACAUUUUGGGGAUGAAACCAUCAUUCCAAGAUACAACUGAUGUUGCCCAGGCGCUGAUGUCCUUGGUUGGCGAUGAAGAUGCUCAACACGUGGCCGAUAAAGUUCAGCGUUCCACAGAUCGCUACGCAGUCCUUGUUGAAGAUUCCGAUAAUCUCGGAAAACUUCUGCAUGACUCGAAAACUCGUUUGCGUCAAUUGGUCCUCAGCUAUGAAGAUCUUCUGGCUUGGCUUGAUGAGAUGGAGAGGCGUUUGAACUGCUUCAAGGUCCUCUCUGUCUUCACUGAUAAACUCAUCGAGCAAACAGCGCAGCUCACGCAGCUUACUGAGGAAAUCGUUGUGAAUGAAACUAGAGUUGAUGAAGUUCGUGACUGUGGGCUUGAAUUGAUGAAGCACAUCUCAUCUGAAGAAGCGUUGCAGUUGAAAGACAAACUUGUAUCCAUCAAGCGGAAGCAUGAAGAACUGAUGAGCAAGGGUUCUGAAUUACAUAAGCACGCCGAGGAAGCCCUUCGUCUGGUGAAGCAGUUUCAUGCGGCACAUAAUCGCGUUACCGAUUGGUUGGUGGAUGCCGAGGAGCGUCUAUCUGCUUUGGAUCGCGAUAAUGUGACAGAGCUAUCUUUUGCCGCUGUCGAGAACGAAAUCCGCCUACUCGAAAGAGGAAUCCAGGAUAUUCGCCCACUUCUAGAAGCGGUGAAUCUUGUUGGACCUCAGCUGUGCCAAUUAUCUCCCGGUGAAGGUGCUGCAACAAUAGAAUCUCUUGUCACGCGCGACAACCGUCGCUAUGAAGCCGUUUGUGAACAAGUGCAGCGCCGUGCUGAGCGUGUACAGCUCUCCAAGCAGCGCUCAUUGGAGGUUGUGAAUGAUGUGGAUGAGCUGCUGGAAUGGUUCCGCGAAGCCGAAGGGCAGCUUCAGGAUGCCGAGCCACCGUCUUCAGAUCCAGAAACUAUCCGUGAACAGUUGAUGGAGCAUCGUGCGCUUUCUGACGAUAUCUCCUCACAGAAAGGACGUGGUCGCGAAGUUUUGGCGAAUGCAAAGAAGGUGCUUCUUCGAGAAGCAUCUAAACAGGAAGACACAUCACUGCUUCGAGAAAGAAUGGAUGAUCUGAAAGAAACUAUGGAAAAUGUCUCCCGGCUUGCGGUUGACAGGCUCGGUGUUCUGGAACAAGCCAUGCAGCUGGCUGUGCAUUUGUAUGAUGCUCACGGAGAUUUGUGUGCCUGGCUGGAUGAAAUCGAACAAGCCACGAAUAUGAUGGACAUGCCCUCUUUGCGAGCCGAGCAGAUCAUGAGACAGCAAGAAGCCAAUGCAUCCCUGAUGCAGGCGGUCUCAGAACACAAGCCUUUGGUAGACAAGCUGAACAAAACCGGCUCGGCUCUGAAAAGUCUGUGUGGAGACGAAGAUGCAGCGAAGGUGCAUGACAUCUUAGAAGUGGACAACCAACGCUACGGAGCGUUGAAGGCGAUCCUUCGCGAUCGUCAGCAGGCGCUUGAGCGGGCGAUGCAAGAAACGUCUCAAUUUUCUGAUAAACUCGACGGCAUGCUUUCUGCGUUGGCAAGUACUGCUGACCAAGUUAAUAAUGCAGAACCGAUCUCUGCGCACCCUGGCAAAAUUCAAGAACAAAUUGCCGAAAAUACUGCGAUAUUGGAAGAUCUGGGUAAACGUGAAUCUGCAUAUGAGGCUGUGAAAAAGGCUGCCGACGACGUUAUCAGCAAGGCUGGAAGUACAGCUGAUCCUGCCGUAAGGGACAUUAAAGCCAAGCUUGUUCGUCUCAACUCGCUGUGGAGUCACAUUCAGGCUGCUGGUAACAACAGAGGCAAAUCCCUCAACGAUGCCUUGGCUCUGGCAGAGAAGUUCUGGGAUGAGUUGCAAGCCAUCAUGCGUUCGCUCAAAGAUUUAGAACGAACUUUGUCCUCUCAAGAACCGCCAGCAGUCGAGCCCACUGCAAUCGAACGUCAGAAGUUCGCUCUGGAAGACAUCAAAAACGAGAUCGAACAAACUCAACCAGAGGUUGAAGAAUGCCGUAAAACUGGAAAGAAAUUGAUGACGGUCUGUGGGGAACCCGAUAAACCCGAAGUGAAGAAGCACAUUGAAGACCUCGAUUCCGCCUGGGACAACGUCACGGCGUUGUACGCCAAACGUGAACAGAAUCUGAUUGAUGCUAUGGAAAAGUCAAUGGAGUUCCAUGACACGCUUCAGAACAUUCUCGAUUUCUUGGAAUCCGCCGAGAAUAAAUUUGAAAAAAUGGGAGCUCUUGGAGCAGACAUCGAUGCGGUUAAGGAGCAAAUUCGACAGCUGAAGGAUUUCAAAUCGGACGUCGACCCGCAAAUGGUGAAGGUGGAAGCCCUGAAUCGUCAAGCGCAAGAGCUGACGGCGCGAACUUCUCCUGAUCAGGCUACUCGAAUCAAGAAACCAUUGGCCGAAGUGAAUCGACGGUGGGACACACUUCUGAAGGGCAUUGUCGAUCGCCAGCGUGCUCUUGAACAUGCCUUACUUCGUCUGGGGCAGUUCCAACACGCUCUGGAGGAACUGUUGGUCUGGAUCAACCGCACAGAAAGCACGCUCGACUCUCUCCAACCCGUACUUGGCGAUCCAGCUGUGAUUGAAGUUGAGCUUGCUAAACUAAAGGUUCUUGUGAACGAUAUCCACGCGCAUCAGUCGAGCGUUGACACACUGAACGAUGCUGGACACCAGUUGAUCGAGAGUGAUAAGAAUUCGCAGGACGCCACGACGACGCAGAGACGAUUGAACGAGUUGAACCAGCGGUGGAACGGGCUCCAAGAGAAGGCAGAAAAUCGUCAGCAAGAGCUAGAAGAUGCCUUGAAGGAGGCUCAAGCUUUCAACGCUGAAAUUCAAGAUUUACUGAUGUGGAUGAGUGACGUCGAUAGUGCACUGUCAUCAUCAAAGCCUGUUGGCGGUUUGCCUGAAACAGCAAAGGAGCAGCUCGCUCGCUUCAUGGAAGUUUUUGACGAGUUGGAAAAGAACAGACUUAAGGUUGACUCCGUUCUUCAGCAGGGCCAGGGCUACCUGAAGCGUUCUACUGAAGGAGCUGCAUCGAAUCUCCAGCACAACUUGCGAACUCUCAAGCAACGCUGGGACUCCGUUCUGAACAGGGCUAAUGACAAGAAAAUUAAGCUAGAAAUCGCCCUCAAAGAAGCAACUGAAUUUCACGAUGCUCUUCAGUCAUUCGUAGACUGGCUCACAAAAGCGGAAAAGCUAUUGGGUAGCUUGAAUCCUGUCAGUCGGGUCAUGGACACUAUCCUGGAGCAAAUCGAGGAGCACAAAUCAUUCCAGAAGGACGUUGGUGCGCAUCGAGAAGUAAUGCUGAAUCUGGACAAGAAAGGAACGCAUCUCAAAUACUUCAGUCAAAAGCAAGACGUUAUCCUAAUUAAGAAUCUGUUGAUCAGUGUCCAGCAUCGCUGGGAGCGUGUUGUUUCGAAAUCCGCCGAACGCACUCGUGCUUUGGACCACGGCUAUAAAGAAGCUAAGGAAUUUCACGAUUCUUGGAUGGAACUUUGCGCCUGGUUGGAUGACGCGAAGUCAAAGUUGGAUGAGAUGACAGCAAGUCUUGGCAAUGAUCCGGAUAAAAUCAAAUCUCUUCUCAACCGGCACAAAGACUUCCAGCGGCAGCUUGGAUCGAAACAACCCGCGUAUGAUACCACCAUGAAAGCCGGUCGUGUUCUCAAGGACAAAGCGCCGAAAACCGAUCACACCCAUCUUCAGGAUAUGAUGAACGAGCUGAAGAACAAAUGGAAUGCCGUUUGCACUAAUUCCGUCGAUCGCCAGCGCAAGUUGGAAGAGGCUUUGUUAUUCUCUGGACAGUUCAAAGACGCCAUUGGGGCUUUGCUCGACUGGCUGAAAAAAGCCGAGAAGGAGUUGAGUCAUGAGAGCCCUGUGCAUGGAGAUCUCGAUACUGUCAUGGGACUCGUUGAGCAGCAUAAUACUUUCCGUGGAGAGCUUGAUAAACGCGCUGGUCAAGUCUCUUCCGUGAAGACGACGGCCGAAGAACUUCUGAAGAGUGCAAGUGCAGAAGACGCCGUGACGAUAAAGAAUCAGACGAAAGAUCUCAGCACCGUUUGGGAAAAGGUCGUUCGCCUCUCAGACAGCAAAUCUAGUCGACUUUCAGAUGCGCUUAAACAAGCGGAGGAACUGCAUAAGGCCGUCCACAUGUUGCUGGAAUGGCUUUCUGACGCUGAGAUGAAGCUACGCUUCGCUGGUCCGCUUCCCGACACGGAAGAAGAGACGCAGAUGCAACUGAACGAUCACCACAAAUUCAUGCGCGAGCUGGAAAUGAAGGAAAUUGAUAAGGACCGUACUCUCGCGCUUGCCCAGGAGAUUUACAACAAAUGUCAUCCUGACGGCAUGACAGUCAUCAAGCAUUGGAUGAACAUCAUUCAGACUCGUUGGGAUGAACGUGAGCAAAGACUUGUGGAUCAUUUGAGACAGCUCAAAGACCUGGCAGAUUUGUUAGAAGAGCUCAUGCGCUACUUGAAUGAGCGGGAACGCACAUUGGAAACGCUUGAAUCGGAGCAGCUUCCUGAUGAUCUUCCUGCGAUUGAAGUACUCAUAAAAGAACAUCAGCAGGAGUUCAUGGAAGACAUGGCAAAACGACAACCCGAUGUUGAUCGUGUUUGCAAGCCAAAGAGACCGUCUACAACAGUACCUCCAUCUUUGCGCGACCGGAGGGUGUCCAAAGCAUCUCGCCAAGCCAGUCGUGAGCCGGAAACCCCGAGUAGAGAAUCUUCUCCUGAUCGUGACUUUGGGUCGCGUCGUUCCAGUCGAUCGACGCCUGACCGGGACCGAACUCCGGAUAAAUGGCCACACAUUGGUCCUAGAUUUCCUUUGGAGCCGGCUGGUAGCCCGAGUCCGAGUCCUAGUCGAAAGGGAAGCAAAGUGACGCUUGCUGAGCCCACGAUCAAGAAUCCGCGUGCGAGAGAACUGUGGGAAAAAUGGAGGACUGUGUGGAUGAUGGCUUGGGAUCGCCAGCGACGGCUUCAAGACAAAUACAACUACCUCCAGGAGGUCGAACGCCUGAAAAAUUUUUCGUUCGAAGAAUGGCGUAAGAGGUUUAUGAAGUGGCUGAACCACAAGAAAUCUCGAGCCAUGGAUCUGUUCAGGAAAAUGGAUAAAGACAACGACGGUCGCGUGUUGAAAGAUCCAGAUUUCAUUGAUGGCAUCAUAAAAUCAAAAUUCCCGACGAGUCGCCUGGAAAUGCAGGCGGUUGCUGACAUCAUUGAUCGCAACAACGACGGAUACAUCGAUCACCAGGAGUUCAUGGCUGCAUUGCGCCCGGAUUGGAACCUGCCUUUGACGGAACAAGAACAGAUUGAAGACGAAGUCCAGCGUCAAGUUGCUCAGUGUACAUGCAGACACAAAUUCCGUGUUCAUCACGUGGGUGAAGGGAAAUAUCGGUUUGGAGAGAGUCAGAAGCUCCGGUUGGUCCGAAUUUUACGUUCAACUGUUAUGGUUCGUGUCGGAGGCGGUUGGGUUGCCCUUGACGAGUUCUUGGUAAAGAACGACCCCUGUCGAGCCAAGGGACGAACAAACGUCGAACUUCGAGAGCAGUUCAAUUUGCCGGAUGGCAGCGCUCAGAGUAUGACGCCUUUUAAAGAAAAGCGUGGCAUGUCUACUUCUGGAUUGCCCUUCACAAUGUCGUCGACGCCCUCGCAAUCUGGUCAGCGGCCGUCGUUGCUGACUACCGGUCCGAUCACAAAGGUUCGAGAGAAGACCUCGCGGAGCACUCCGAUGGGCAGGACAUCAUUCUCCGCGGGAACACCUGACUCGCAGAGUGACAACGAAGGACCGUUGACGUUCCUUCAUCCGCGUAAAGGAUCACGCGGUGGCGCUCUCUCCGGAAGUCGGCCGUCGUCGCGCGGCCCUGGUACCAGUGGUUCGCGUCCUCCGUCGCGUGCCGGCUCCGACAUAUCGCUUGACAGCACAGAUGGCAGCUUCUCGGCGAGAAAAUCCGCUACUGUGCGACGGACGCCGAGCCUAACUUCCAAGACCGUUGGAGGACGCAGCUCAACUCCAACUCGCUCAGGCUCUAUCCCUAUUCGAACUGGAAGUACUGGGAAUUUGUCGCGGAAGGCUUCCACGCCCCUGACUUCUGCUGCUUACAGGUCGCCAGCAUCACCCAUGAUUUCUAGAUCGAAAAUCCCCGUUCUGACCGGCGUAACGCCUAGGCCUCUGCAACAUGCAUCUUCCGUGUCAAACCUUCCGGUCUCGGACCCCUUCGAGCGGCAGCAUCCCUACCACUGUCGACUCAUCGGCAAGGUCGCGGAAGACGGGUUCGGUUGCUGGUCUUAUGCCAUCGGCUAUCCCGAGGAUGAGGUCAACGAGGAUUUCUCAAGGUGGGAGCGGAUUGACUUCCUCGUCGUUGGCCUCAAAUGGUACACGAUUGACCCGGAAAGGAUCUGGAGCGUCGGACAUUGCGAAGCGUGGGAGUGAUGAUAAACCGCGCUGGAAGUGAUGAUUCAUUCACAGCGUGGACUUCGUGGAAAAAGGGAAAACUCAACCCUUAAUAUCUUACUGUUACUUAGUGCUGUUCUAAUUUUCACGUGGCAUUCCCUGGGGGCCGAGACGAAGUUCGUGAGAAAUGUGUUUACUGAGGAAUGGCUGGAAGGUUAUAGUUGCGUGCGGAACAGCAUUCCAGUCACAUUAAUUUGACUGGGGAAAAAAUAAUCAUUUGCUUAAAUUUUGAACGUUUGGUGCUAAAUUCAACCUGGAUUUCCGCGGGAAUCACUCGUUUUAACUGGAUGCCUAACGUUUAAGAAAGCUAAGCUUCUGGAAUCCGAAAAACGAUUCCAUUGAAGGAAGAUACGUGAAGAGAUUUCCUCGUUGGGAUUUCUAUUUCGGGACGUGACCCUCUCGUAAUCCUAACGCAGUUGUUCAUUCGAGGUUGUACUAUUUCUUCUCCUGUUGUGUUCUGCACUGCUGGGAGAAUUCCGCAUGUUGGGGUGUGAUGACGAUUUCCGUGAAACUGGACAUGCGAAACUCCGCCGAAGAGAACCUUCUUGUUAAUAACUAGCCGUCAUUGUGAUAAUUCGGCGCCGGACUGCUCGUUCUGGCCCAAGCGUGUUUCAUCGUUUUGUAGACUUCCGCUCGGUGUUACCUCGAGUUGACGCUGUAGCGGAGCCUGGUCUGUCCGAGGAGUCGGUCAUCGUGAUCGUGGAUCCGUCUUUGUUUUUCUGCCUUUCUUCUUGCUGCUUUAUCC